AUGCUGCAUUUUUGAAAUUUGGUAAAUGUGAGGAAAUGCACUGUGUUGACGAAGCCAUGGUACCAUAUUACGGCCGCCAUGGCUGCAAACAAUUUAUUCACAAUAAGCCAAUUCGCUAUGGCUACAAACUUUGGGUAGGAGCAAGUAGAUUAGGCUACGUAAAUUGGAUGGAACCCUACCAAGGUGCUACCACAAAUAUUAGCGAAAAGUAUAUUGAUUAUGGAGUAGGGCCAUCUGUUGUUUUGGAGUAUGCUGACGUUUUAAGAACUAGGUGGCCUAAUAAACGGAUGCACCUAUUUUUUGAUAAUUUCUUUUCCACGUUAUCUUUGUUAGAAUUGCUAUCGGAGAAAAAUUUUAACGCUACCGGAACAAUACGUGAAAAUCGCAUAUCUAAUGGGCCACUGACAAACUCAAAAGAAAUAAAAAAGGAAGCUCGAGGCGUUUUCGAUUUCAAAAAAACAGAAAACCAGAACAUUAUUGUCGUGAAGUGGCAUGACAACAGCAUUGUCACCCUGUGCUCAAAUGCAGUAGGCGUAAACCCCCUGCAUAGGGUGAAAAGAUUUUCACGAAAAGAACGGACAAAUAUUCAGGUGUCGCAGCCACAUCUGAUAAACUUGUACAAUGCAAACAUGGGCGGAGUAGACAGAUGUGACCAAAAUUUGAGCCUUUAUAGAAUUUCACUGAGGAGUAAGAAAUGGUAUUUCCCGCUAGUGGCACACUGUAUUGAUGUAGCUCUGCAAAAUGCUUGGCAGUUGCAUAGACAAAGAGGUGGGGACCUUGAUCAGUUAAGGUUCCGAAGACGAGUAGCCACUACGCUAUUAUUACAAAAUAAAAAAAAAGAAACACAUUCGAAAGGUCAUAAGUCAUCUACCGAAGGUUUAGACAUUAGGUUUGAUCGUAUGGAUCAUUUGGUAAUUCCUCAAAAUAAGCAAACACGCUGUGCACAUUGCCAUGAAAAAACAACCACCAGAUGUUCAAAAUGCGACAAAGGACUCCACGUCAAAUGUUUUUUGGUAUACCAUACAAAAAGUGUAUAGUUAAUGUAGGUACCCUUAAG